AGCCUCAGCUGCUGCUGCCCCGGUCCUCAGCGCCAGAGCCCACCAGCCAGCAUGUCCUCUGCUCACUUCAACCGAGGCCCUGCCUAUGGGCUGUCCGCCGAGGUCAAGAACAAGCUGGCCCAGAAAUACGACAACCAGCAGGAGCAGGAACUGCGAGAAUGGAUCGAGGGGGUGACAGGGCGCCGCAUCGGCAACAACUUCAUGGACGGCCUCAAAGAUGGCAUCAUUCUUUGCGAGUUUAUCAAUAAGCUCCAGCCAGGCUCUGUGAAGAAGAUAAAUGAGUCGACUCAGAAUUGGCACCAGCUGGAGAACAUCGGCAACUUCAUCAAAGCCAUCACCAAGUACGGGGUGAAGCCCCAUGACAUCUUUGAGGCCAACGAUCUGUUUGAAAACACCAACCACACCCAGGUGCAGUCCACACUCCUGGCCCUGGCCAGCAUGGCCAAGACGAAAGGAAACAAGGUGAACGUGGGGGUGAAGUACGCAGAGAAGCAGGAGCGGAAAUUUGAGCCAGAGAAGCUAAGAGAAGGGCGGAACAUCAUCGGGCUGCAGAUGGGCACCAACAAGUUUGCCAGCCAGCAGGGCAUGACAGCCUAUGGCACCCGGCGCCACCUCUACGACCCCAAGCUGGGGACGGACCAGCCCCUGGACCAGGCUACCAUCAGCCUGCAGAUGGGCACCAACAAGGGAGCCAGCCAGGCCGGCAUGACCGCACCAGGGACUAAGCGGCAGAUCUUCGAGCCGGGGCUGGGCAUGGAGCACUGUGACACGCUCAACGUCAGCCUGCAGAUGGGCAGCAACAAGGGGGCAUCACAGCGAGGCAUGACGGUGUACGGGCUGCCACGCCAGGUGUACGACCCCAAGUACUGCCUGACACCUGAGUACCCAGAGCUGGGCGAGCCUGCCCACAACCACCACCUGCACAACUACUACAACUCCGCCUAGGGGGCCGUGGGCCUCCCCACCUUCCCCCAGGGAGCACCCUCUCCCUGCAUGGCGUCCUCCAGCCCCCUGGCACCUGCCUACAGGGCUAGAGUUUGGGGAGUGCAGACUGGGGGGCCUGUGCAGGGAAGGGGGCCCUCUCCCUGUAGUGCUGCAGGGUCCAACUUAGAGCCGGGUGUCCCUGACAGCACCCAAAGGAUGCACUGAGCAAAGCUACUCCAGCCAUCCCCCCAACUCCCUCACAAGUGGGUACCCUCAGGGCCAGAAGCCCCCCAAGCGAAGCCCCCAGAGCCCGGCUCGGCCUGCCCCCACCCCAUUCCCGCAGUGGGCGCAAACUGCAUGCCCAGAGACCCAGCGGACACACGCAGUUUGGUUUGCAGCGACUGGCGUACGUGGAUGUGACAGCGGCGUUUGUGACGCGAGCACUUUCUUUUUCUACUUCACUGGAGCACAAUAAAUAGCUGUAAAAUCAC